AUGGGGAUGUAUAAUGUCACUCAUCCUGCUUCCUUCCUCUUGACUGGCAUCCCUGGUCUGGAGAGUUCUCACCCCUGGCUGGCAGGGCCUCUCUGUAUGAUGUAUGCUAUGGCCCUUUUAGGAAACACAGUGAUCCUGCAGACUGUCCGAGGGGAGCCCAGCCUCCAUGCACCCAUGUACUAUUUCCUGUCCAUGUUGUCUUUCAGUGAUGUGGCCAUGUCUAUGGCUACACUGCCAACCGUACUCAGAACCUUCUGCCUUGAUGCCCGCAAUAUUGCAUUUGAUGCCUGCCUAUUCCAAAUGUUUUGCAUUCACUCCUUCUCCAUGAUGGAAUCAGGAAUUCUUCUGGCCAUGAGUUUUGAUCGCUAUGUGGCCAUUUGCAAUCCAUUGCGCUAUGCCACUAUGCUUACCAAUGAAGUCAUUGCUGGGAUGGGUUUCGCUGUGACUGCUAGGAGCUUUAUCACUCUUUUCCCUCUUCCUUUCCUGAUCAAGAGGCUGCCUAUAUGCAGAUCCAAUGUUCUUUCCCACUCCUACUGUUUGCACCCAGAUAUGAUGAAGCUUGCCUGUGCUGAUAUCACUAUCAACAGCAUCUAUGGACUCUUUGUACUUGUAUCCACCUUUGGUAUGGAUCUACUGUUCAUCUUCCUCUCCUACAUGCUCAUUCUUCGUUCUGUUUUGGCCAUUGCUUCCCGUGAGGAACGCCUCAAAGCUCUGAACACAUGUGUGUCACAUAUCCUGGCUGUAUUGGCAUUUUAUGUACCAAUGAUUGGGGUCUCCACAGUGCACCGCUUUGGGAAGGAUGCUCCACGCUACCUACAUGUCCUCAUGUCCAACAUCUAUCUCUUUGUCCCCCCUGUGCUCAACCCUCUCAUUUAUAGUGCCAAGACAAAGGAGAUCCGCCGAGCCAUUUUCCGCAUGUUUCAACGCAUCAAAAAGUGA